CAUUCCACCGCGCCGCCCUUCUUAAUUUCUCUUUGGCUUUAUUUUGUUGCUUUUUGAAUUUUGCACUUCAGACCUUGUCUUUGUUUAGCCGGUGCCUCCUUCCUCCGUCGUUCCUUUCCCUCCCCCCCCACCGGCCUCCGUCUCCGUCACUUCUUGUCCGCGCCUAGACGGCGCAACCGCAUGCUUCUGUAACGCUACCAGUCAGACACUCACCCUCACCAUGGCGACCCCCCCCGUUCGACAGUGGGGAGUGACCCCUCCGAUCUCUACUGUUCUACCCACCUCAGAUGAGCUUGCUGCAAAUGAUGACUUAAUCACUGAGCUAAAGGUGCAGAACAACUUCGAGAGUCCUGCGGAGACGGACCGAAGAAAGCAGGUAUUGCAGCUGAUUCAGCGUGUCACCCUCGAGUUCGUCAAGGUCGUCAGUCGCAAGAAGGGUCUCUCCCCGGCCGCAGUCGAGGCCGCGGGAGGGAAGAUCUUCACCUACGGAAGUUAUCGUCUGGGAGUGUACGGGCCAGGAUCGGAUAUUGAUACAUUGAUCGUUGGACCGAAGCACGUCUUGAUUGACGACUUCUUUUCGGACUUCCCUCCCGUCUUGGAAAAGAUGGCCGCGCAGGGCGCAAUUGAGAAGAUGACUCCGGUUCCCGAUGCGUUUGUUCCGAUCAUUAAACUCGAGUUGUCCGGCAUCAGCAUCGAUCUGAUCUUUGCUCGUUUGAUCGUGCCUGCAGUCCCCAUCAACCUCGACCUGAAGAACAAUGAUUACUUGCGGGGCCUCGAUGAAAAAGAGGUCCGGUCGCUCAAUGGAACCCGUGUUACCGAUGAGAUCUUGGAACUGGUGCCCCAGCAGAAGACCUUCCGCCUUGCUUUGCGCGCGAUUAAACUCUGGGCCCAACGCCGAGCUAUCUACUCGAACAUUGUGGGAUUUCCAGGUGGUGUUGCCUGGGCCAUGCUUGUCGCCAGAGUGUGUCAGUUGUACCCCCAGGCUACCGGGUCGGUAAUCGUUGGCAAGUUCUUCCGCAUCAUGAACAAAUGGGCUUGGCCUCAGCCUGUUCUGCUGAAGCCGAUUGAAGAUGGGCCUCUGCAGAUCAAAGUCUGGAACCCAAAGAUCUACCACGGCGACCGCUUCCACCUGAUGCCGAUCAUCACUCCAGCAUAUCCCUCUAUGUGCGCAACACACAAUGUCUCCCUGUCGACAAAGAUGGUUCUUCUUCGCGAGCUGCAACGUGGUGGUGACAUUGUUGACAAGAUCUUCUUGAAGCAACUGAGCUGGAGCGAUCUGUUUGCGCGACACACCUUCUUCACUCGUGAUUACAAGUACUACCUCAGCAUCACCGCAUCCAGCAGAACCAAAGAGGCAGAGUCCGUGUGGUCUGGACUCGUUGAGUCUAAGAUCAGACAUCUUGUUGGAGCUCUGGAUAGGAAGGCCACCAUCGCGGUUUCUCAUCCUUUCCCGAAGGGGUUUGAGCGGGUCCACCGGGUCUCUUCCGAGCAGGAAAUCGAGGCUGUCAAGUCUGGGUCCACCAAGUACCAAGAUAAGGGGACCAAGACCGAGACCACUGACGAGACCAACGAUGCUGCCCACCAGGCUGCGGCGCUGAAUGGUGCUGAGAACACCGAAGUCCCCGCCACUGAGAACAAGGCCGCUGAUGAUACUCAUGUCAUGUACACAACCACUUACUACAUCGGACUGGAACUCAAGCCCCUAGAGCCAGGCGCCUCCCGAUCGCUCGAUAUCUCGUCCGAUGCCCAGAUUUUCAAAUCGACGUGCACCUCGUGGCCUGGCUACCAGCCUGGUAUUAAUGACUUGGCCAUCACCCACGUCCGCAACUUCGACCUGCCGGAGGAUGUUUUCCAACCAGGAGAGAGUUGUCCUACCCGCCCCAAGAAGAAGGUCGUCAAGAAAGCGGAAAUCAGCGGACAGAAACGCGGCAUCGAAUCCUUGGACGUAAGUGCACGCAAACAAGCCAGAGUAGCUUACGAGCAGCGAACCGGCUACCAUACGGAAAUCGAAGCUCGCACGUCGUAUAAUGCUAGAAGUUCUCAUGCGUGGGUAUGACUGAUAUCGACGUUUGUACAGGACCCAUCCCACCCCGCCGCCAAACGCCAGGUCACGGCCAACGGCGUAGCCAACACCGCGAUGCCCGCAUGAACAGUGUCUAAAGAAAACCGAAACAUAGCAAG